AUGAAUGGAACCGAAACACUCAGAAUGGUUCUCCUGGGAAAAACUGGAUCUGGGAAGAGCAGCCUGGCCAACACCAUCCUUGGAGGGCAGAUGUUCACAGUCAACCACUCGAUGAACUCAGAAACAAGAAAUUGUGAAGCCAAGACGGUGUCUGUGGGUGGAAGAAGCCUUACUGUCAUAGACACUCCCGGUUUCUUCGACACCGACAGGCCUGAGGAGGAGCUGAAGCCUGAGAUAUUGAGGUGUAUCACAGAGUGCGCUCCUGGGCCUCAUGUUUUUCUCAUUGUGCUCAAAGUGGAAAAAUUCACACAGCACGAGCAGGAUGUCAUCGAGAAGAUCUGCACGUACUUCACUAGUGACAUCCUGAAGUAUGCUGUGGUAGUGUUCACUCACGGUGACCAGCUCUCUGAUGGGAUGAUCAUCCAGGAGUUUGUUAGUCAGAAUGGGCUUGUGGAUGAACUGGUGGAGAGGUGUGGCCAGCGCUGCCACAUCAUCGACAACAAAUACUGGAAUAACAACCGGGAUGAUUACAGGAACAACCAGUUCCAGGUGGAGACUCUACUUCAGGCCUUAGACACAAUGGUGGCGGCAAACAAUGGAAGCUGCUACACUAAUGAGAUGCUGCAAGCAGUGGAGAAAGAAAUCAAAGAAGAGGAGAACAUUCAGCGACAGUUAGGAAAUCUGUCAGAAGCAGAGAUCAGAGAGAGGGCUAAAGCCGAAGUUUUAAAGAGACUCUUGAUCAGAUCUGCAGGGAUUGGAACAGGUGUAUUGUUAGGAGCUGUUUUUGGUGUGGUAGUUAUGGCUGGAGCAGUCAAAAACCUGUGGGAUCCUCAAAAACCAAUACAGCUACGGGAUGCUGCAGCCUCAGCCGUAGUCAUUGGAGCAACGAGUACAGCUGGAUUAGUUGCAGGAGCAACAGCGGGAGGACUGGCAGGACUGGGAGCAGCACCAAUGACCGUUGCAGUGGCGUUUGCUGUAACAGGAGCAGUCAGAGGUGCUAUAGUUGGAAGUGAUGAAGCUGUGGAAGCAACGACACCAAAGGAAGCGGCACAGAAUACCUUAAAAGCAGUGAAAAAUGAAGCCCAGUCUUACUUACAUAAAGCUAAUGAUGCUUGGAACAAACUGGUGCAGCCCGACUCCAAGACAUCUGAGGAAGAGGAGGAAAAACCUUUGUUGGAUUAA